AUGUCUCUACCAAGUGUGACGAGAAACACCCGACAUGUUUUCAUCGCGCCCGUCACGGCAUACCAUGUGCCUACGCAGCGCCCCAACAAGACACCCGGUGGCGAUCUCGGUAACCCGGGCAGAAUAGAGCAGCCCGCCACGACACCCGCAUCCAUCGCCAGCAGCGGCAGCAGCGGUGACUUGACUCUCACGAUGGGCGGCGGAACGGAUUUUCUCCAGCUCGACUUCCGCCAGCGUGGCGGCCUCGUCCCGCCCUUGAAUGACAUGAACCUCGGCGGCCGCGAGCUCGAGCUCAUGCACCACUACUCGGUGAACACGGCCGAUACCUUGGCCAUCCAGGACGACGUCCGCCACAUCUGGCGACACGUCAUCCCCGAAGAGGGCGACCGCCAUGCCUUCAUCAUGGACGGCAUGCUUGCCAUCAGCGCUCUCCACAAGUCUCUCCUCGUCCCGAGCAUGCGGCAGGACUACCUCACCCUCGCCGCUCACUACCAGUCGUCGGGACUAAAAGGCUACACGCUGCAGCUGCCCGACGUCAACAUCAAAAACUGGAUACCCGUCUUCUGCUUUGCCGCGCUCACCGUCAUCUACGUCUCGCUGCUGCCAGUCAGGUGCGAGAACCAUGUCCUACCGGAGCCGAUGCCCUCGAUGCUCGAAUUGUUUGCCGUCACGCGCGGCAUGCAGUCUUUCCUUGAGCCUUACCUCGAGAACCUCGUAACGACGCCGUUUGCCCCGCUCUUCCACGGCACGCAGGGCAACUUCAAAUCUACGCUAAAAAUGACCGCCAGCUCCUACACCGUCCUCGACCAGGCCUGCAUCCCCAAAGACGCCUUCACAGCCCUCUCGCGGCUCCGCGCCGUGCUAGCCAAGCACGCCCCCGCCGCCGCGCGCAAAGACUACCUCGACGCCGUCGCCGCCCUCGAGCGCACGGCCGCCCUCAUCGCCGCCGCCGGCAUGCACGUCGACCCGGGCACGGUCUUCAUCUGGGCGUACGAGGUCAGCGGCCGCGUGCUGGCCGACGUGCGGGGGGGGCGCGCCCGCGGCGCUGCUGCUGCUGGCGCACUACUGCGUGUUCCUGCGCGUCAUGGAGAGGCGCAUUUGGUAUUUCAGGGGCUGGGGCUCGGCCGGUGCUGCUGA